AUGGUGUCGCUGUUCUGGGACCACUAUGGGGCGGCGGGGCGCCUGCUGGACGGCGUGAGGGGCGGGGGGACGCCGUACGAGCUGUGGAGCGGCGGCAAGGGCCACUGGGACCACAUGGCGGAGGUGCCAGAGCUGCAGGCACGGUUCAACAGGGCCAUGACUCAGUUCAACAACCUCUCCCCGGUCGAGGCCGUGUUUGCCGCGUACCCCGCGCUGACGUCGGCGCCGCGCCUCGUGGACGUCGGGGGCGGCCUCGGUGGCUUCGUCCGCGCCGCACUGGCGCGCAGCCCCGGCCUCAGGGGUGCCCUGUUUGACCGCCCCCAGGUCAUCAAGCGCGCCCAGGCGGCGUGGGUGGAGGACCCGCAGAACGCGGCGCUGGCGGGGCGGCUCAGCUUCCACGGCGGCAGCUUCUUCGACGCGGGGGCCAUGCCGCAGGCAGAGGGCGACGGGGAGAUCUUCGUGCUGCGCGAGAUCCUCCACGACUGGGGGGACGAGGAUGCGCUCAGCAUCCUGCGGGAGGUCCGCGCCGCGAUCGGCGCCCGCGCUCGCUGCCGCCUGGUGGUGCUGGAGGCCUGCAUCUCCAACGCCAUGGCGUCCACCGCGUCUGCGCGAAUCAACGCCGACAUCCACAUGCUGGUGCAGUACGGGGACGCCAAGGAGAGGACGGAGGCACAGUUCGAGGGGCUGCUGGCGGCCGCGGGGUUCGAGCUGCGGCGGGUGGUGCCCACAAAGGGGCUCUUCUUCGUGCUCGAGGCGGCGCCGGUGUGA